GCGUCCACAUACAGCCUAGCCGAGACCUUGCCCACUUCGCAAGGACGCUGGCGCAGCCCCUACGAAAAUUCGCCCGCCAUUUUCAAACGAGCGCGAGCGCGGGAAAGUUGCAGCGUCUGCCGCGUAAACUUUUUGUGGUUACAAAUUGGAGUGUAUGUGAAUAGUAAAGUUAUCCAGAUUUUUAAGGUCCGAAGAUAACGCAAAAUGGCUUCAUCAUAACCACAGAACCGGACGGGAUUGGCAAAUAUGGGGAUGACACUUGCGGGGUUCCUUCUGCCGCUACUACUUGUUCUACCCGUAAAAGGAGCAGACUUAAGAAAUGGCACGCUACCCGAAGAUGCGCGCGAAGCAAGGGCAAGCAAGCGAGUUGUGAGGUUAUACUCAGGUACCAGGCCGAAACCGAUCGUGUGUGAACAUGAAGGCUUCCAAGCAGACCCUGCAGACUGCACCAUCUUCCAUCGCUGCAUGAAAAAUGGAAACGGGAGAUAUGUGUCGUUUAAGUUCCAAUGUGGCCCAGGAACCAUAUACGAUCCAGAUACUGAAAUAUGUAAUCAUCCACAAAGCACAAAGCGGACCGAAUGCGGUGGCAGUUUACAUAUCCCAAGCGUUGAAUUUGCUUUCGAUAAUGAGAUAAAUCGAGAAGUUCCAUCGCCUAUAAGUACUAGACAUCCGGAAAGUACUGAAAAAGUUGUAGGCAUACAUCAUUUUUCUACACAAAAAACAACACGGCCUGAGACAUCGAGUUUUGCAUCGAAAUACCCGUGGGCAUUAACGACUCAUCUGUAUUCAAAUGCCGCUGUUUCUACAUUGGCCCCAUUUGUAAAUAAACAACAGCAAACAGAAUCUUCUAAAGCACCAUCGACAAAACGAGAAGUCCCAUCUAGUUAUUUUACAACGCCGUUUUCCCAGAAACUUUAUUCAACUACAGCCAAAAUAGAUUUUCAGUAUCCAGCGUCAAAUUUACAAUCUGGGGACCUUUGUACAGCUAAUGGCUUUAUGGGCGAUAGCGAGAACUGUCGCAAAUUUUACAGAUGUAUAAGUAACCAACGGGGUGGUUUCAUUAGAUAUGAGUUCUUGUGUAACGAUCCCACGAUUUGGGAUGAAGAUAAGAAAGCUUGUAACCAUGCUUGGGCUGUCACAAGAAGAUGUGGCAGGGAAAGUUUUAUAGAUGAUAAAAGUGAGUUCAAAAAAACUGUAAUGAAAGUAACUCGGUCUGAACUCACCACCACUAGCAGAACCACCAGUUUACCAUCUCAAUCGCAGUUACAGAUAAAUUACGGUUCGAAGGUAACUCAAACACAAACUCAAAUAAGUAAUGGGUCUGUUGUACAAAAUCAAACCCAAAUUAACUAUGGAAUCGAUACAAACAUCAAAAAUUAUAAGCCUAGUAUUGUUCAAAAUCAAACACAAAUUAGUCACGGAAACGCAGUAAGUCAAUCACAGACUCAGAUUAAUUAUGGCGACGAAGCGGUACAAACACAGUUGCAAAUAGAUCAUUCAAAGGAAGCUAGUCAGGCCCAGAUGCAAAUUAGUCAAACUUCAAGUACUACAAAAACUACUCAAUAUAGUCACCAUCAAAUGGUCUCAACUACAAGUUCCAAUAAUGGGUGCACUGAGAGUGGUUUCAUGGGAGACUCAAAAGACUGUAAGAAAUUUUACCGUUGUGUUGACAAUGGAAAAGGUGGAUUUACUCGAUAUGAGUUUUCUUGUGGAGAAGGGACUGUAUGGGAUCCAAAUCUUGAAGCUUGUAAUCAUGCGUGGGCUGUUAAAGAAUGUGGUGGAAAAGCACCAUCUGGAUCUACAACACAAAGUACAACAAAAGUACCACAAAGUACGACUAAAGUUUCUGAAAUUCCAUCAACUUCAUCUACAACAACAUCUUCUACUACUUCAACAAGCACUCAAAAUUACUACUCGACUACAGAGUCUGAAGAUGAUGAUAAUAAUGACAUUGGUUACGGAAACCAACCUGUAUCACCUGCAACAGCUAAGCCUGCAGAACAAGUUACUACUGAAUAUAAAGAACCACAAAGUCCUAGCGAUAAUAAAUGUAAAUCAAGUGGGUUUAUGGGUGAUAAUAAAGAUUGCAAAAAGUUUUAUAGAUGCGUGGACAAUGGAAAUGGAGGAUACACUCGAUACGAAUUUUCUUGCGGAGAAGGUACAGUUUGGGAUCAAACCAUUGAAGCAUGUAAUCAUGCAUGGGCUGUUAAAAAUUGUGGUGGAAAUGUUGAAUUCGAACAUCCCACGGAUAAUUCUACAACUACAAAUAUAUUAUCUACAACAAGUACCCAAACAUCGCCACAAAAUGAUGAUUAUGACACGGGAUAUGGGCUACAGCCAUCACAUGAUGAGCCAUCUUCUACAAUUAAACCAACUACAAUAAAAUCAACUACCACAACACUUCAAUUAUCAUCAUCUUCUGAGUCUAGUAUUGGAAAUAUUUGUACGUCAAGUGGUUUUAUGGGAGACAACAAAGACUGCAAAAAGUUUUACAGAUGUGUCGAAAAUGGAAACGGUGGGUAUACCAGAUACGAGUUCUCAUGUGGUGAAGGCACAGUGUGGGAUCCUAAAAUCCAAUCAUGUAAUCAUGCUUGGGCGGUUGAAAAAUGUGGAGGUAACUCAGUGGAAGACGUAAAUAAAGUAGAAUCAACUACCCAAAAAGAGACACGUCCUACUUCUUCAACUUCAACCCAAUCCAAUGAACCAGAUGAUAAUAACGAUGUUGGAUAUGGACAACAAAGUCAAGAGCCACAACCUAGUACUAGUACAACAUAUCAUCCUGAAAAUCAGAGACCAGGCACAAAUAAAUGUUCAACUAGUGGAUUCAUGGGAGACCCAAAUGAUUGUAAAAAGUUUUACAGGUGUGUUGAUAAUGGCGAUGGUACAUUUACGCGUUACGAAUUCUCUUGUGGUGAAGGCACAGUUUGGGACUCUAAAAUUGAUGCAUGUAAUCAUGCAUGGGCAGUCGAGAAAUGUGAAAGUACAAGUUCGUCAACUACUUCUACAAGUAGCUCAACGACCCCAAUUAUUAAUAACGAAGGAAAUUCUAAUAACUAUCCUGUACAAAGUGAUGAGUAUCAAAGCCAAACUACAACUUCGACGGUAACUUCUUUAUCAACAACCUCCUCAUCAAAUGUAGACAAUAAUUGCCAAAACAGUGGUUUCAUGGGUGAUACUCAAGAUUGUAAAAAGUUCUAUAGGUGUGUCGAAGAUGGUAAUGGAAAAUAUACUCGCUACGAAUUUGCUUGUGGUGAAGGAACUGUUUGGGAUCAAAGCAUAGAAGCUUGUAACCAUGCUUGGGCUGUAAGUAGACACUGUGCCGAUGAAGGGAAUAAUAAUCAAUCUGGUAAUGUGGAACUUACGACCCAAAACUCUUCAAGUUCUGAAACAGAAAAAGAAGAUCAAAGUUACAAUAAGCCAACUACUCAAAAAACAUCCACUUCGACUGUCUAUUCUGAACCAUCAGGAUAUGAAUGUACUCAAGAAGGAUUUUACGGCGAUAAUAAUAACUGUAAAAAAUUCUAUAGGUGUGUUGAUAACGGACAAGGUGGUUUUAUUAAGUAUGAAUUUACAUGUGGCGAAGGUACAGUAUGGAACCAGGAUGUACAAACUUGUGACUAUGAGACUUCUGAUAGUAAAUGCAGUUCUCCAGCUCCCGGACCUACGACUACGAAGCCAAAUUAUGAACAGGACACUAUGUCACCAGAGUCUACAACAAAAGCGCUGGAAUCCUCAACAACACAUAGUGAAAAUACUUCACAAAAACCGCAAUCACCUAGCAAUAAAUGCGAAAAUGAAGGAUUUUACGGUGAUCCAAAUGAUUGCAAAAAGUUUUAUAGAUGUGUGGAUGACGGCAAAGGUGACUUUACAAAAUACGAGUUUACUUGUGGUGAUGGCACUAUCUGGGACCAAGAAAUUUUAGCAUGUAAUCAUGAAAGCAGUAAUAGCAAAUGUACGAGUAGUAACAUGAAUCUAGCAACUACAACUGCAGCUACAGAUACUGGCUCAGGCAGUUCAUCAUCAACACAAGAAAAUCAAACAACUCCCAAACCUGAAACGACUAGUAUUAGUUCAGGUAGCGAUAAAUGUGCAAUGGAGGGAUUCUUUGCUAAUACAAAUGAUUGCAAGAAGUUUUACAGAUGUGUAGAUAAUGGAAAGGGCGGUUUCACCAAAUAUGAUUUCACAUGUGGGGAAGGUACUGUCUGGGUCCAGGAAAUACAAGCUUGUGAUUACGAUAAUGAUAUAUCAAGUUGUACCAAUAAAGAUAGCUCUUCAAAUCCUCAGACUAUAGAAGAAAAGCCCGUACCUACAGAAUCUUCCCCAACAGGACAAGCAACUUCAGAUUCUCAACCUUUAGAUAAGGAAGACGAUGAGUAUCCAAGCGAAAGUUCUAGUAAACCGUCAAAUACAGAUGAAAAAUGUACAUCUGAAGGCUUUUUCGGAAACAAAAACGAUUGUACUCGAUUUUAUAGAUGUGUCGAUAAUGGUCAAGGUGGUUACACAAAAUAUGAUUUUACUUGUGGCGAAGGUACUGCGUGGGAUUCAAAUAUUCAGACUUGUAAUCAUAAAAGUGAAGUUGAUAGUUGUCAGAAAACCAACCAAGAAAGUUCAUCUGAAGCAAGCCAUGAUGAAGGAUCUUCACAAACUACAGGAAGUACAAGUACAGGUAAUGAACCCACUAGUUCGAAACCUCCAAGUAAAGAUAAAUGUGAACAAGAAGGCUUCUUUGGGAACUCCCAAGACUGUACUAAGUUCUAUAGAUGUGUUGAUAACGGUAAUGGUGGGUUAACAAAAUAUGACUUUACAUGUGGGGAAGGAACCAUAUGGGACCAAGAUCUUACAACAUGUAACCACCCACAAGACGUGGCUAAUCCAUCGUGUAAAAGUGAUGAAGAUAAUCAGUCAUCUUCAGAAAUGUCAUCGUCUACAGAGGGUUCAUCGUCAUCCUCAGCUUCAUCUUCAUCAACUGCGUCCCAAAGUUCUGAAGGAACAACUGAAAGUAGUAAUCAAGGAUCAUCUAAUUGUUCUCAAGAAUCUUCGUCUAAAAAACCUGAAAGUCAAAGUGUAAAGUGCGAGAAAGCAGGAUUCUUUGCAGAUCCAAAUGAUUGCAAAAAGUUUUAUAGAUGCGUUGAUUGGGAUGGUGAUGGAAAGCGAUUUUCAAUUUAUCAUUUUGACUGUGGAGAAGGUACAAUUUGGGAUCCACAACUAGAAACAUGCAACCACGAAGACUCAGUGUAUCCACCACGUGACUGUAGUGGAAGUCAAAGUGCAAACGCUUCACAAGAAACAACUUCAACUACAACACAGAAAUCCACAACAACUGAACAGAGUUCUACAACAGAAUCGACUACAACUCAAUCAUCUACCGAAGAAAGUACAACUCAACAAAUAUCUUCAAGUGAGCAAACUACUCAACAGACGACGACUGAACACACCACAACUCAAGAACCAAGCACAAGUGAAUCAGCUACCACUGAAAAAACUACUACAACAACAACACAAGUACCGACAACGACGACUACUACCCAACAAUCAUCUACUGAUGGAACAACUACUACCCAGCAAUCUACUGAUGGAACAACUACUACCCAGCAAUCUACCGAUGGAACAACUACUACCCAGCAAUCUACUGAUGGAACAACUACUACUCAGCAAUCUACCGAUGGAACAACUACUACCCAGCAAUCUACCGAUGGAACAACUACUACCCAGCAAUCUACUGAUGGAACAACUACUACUCAGCAAUCUACCGAUGGAACAACUACUACCCAGCAAUCUACUGAUGGAACAACUACUACCCAGCAAUCUACUGAUGGAACAACUACUACCCAGCAAUCUACUGAUGGAACAACUACUACCCAGCAAUCUACUGAUGUAACAACUACGACACAGCAGACAACUGAUGGUACAACUACUACACAGCAAAACACAACAAGUGAAACUACGACUCAAGAAUCUUCAAGCACAGAUGAAACUACAACAGAAUCAAUGACAACAGAACAGCAGUCAACUACUACAGAAAAAUCUAGCGAGCAAAGUACUACCCAGCAGCAAACAACAACUGGACAAGAAACCACCACUACUGAAAGUACGACCACAGAAAGUAGUCAAGGCACGACAUCACAAGAAACAUCGGCUGAAAAAGACUGUCCCGAAACUGAGGAUGACCAGUAUUUGUAUGUUUGCCCAACCUCAUUCAGAAGGCACCCUAAAUACUGUAACAUGUUUUAUCAAUGCACAGAAGACAAUGAUAGUCAUGACGUGAAAAUAGCUAGUUUCAAAUGCCCAAAUAACACAAUUUAUGAUGAAAGCAAAUCACAAUGUGUAGAAGAAGAUAAGGCAGAUAAGAAAUGUAAUGGUCAAAGAGCGCAGCGGCACAGAGUCAAACGAUUGAACUUAAAUUACAAAGAACCGAUCGAGGCUAGCCGCAGCAAGCACACUUGUUCUGGUGUGGGAUAUUAUCCAUACGAAGAAAAUGAAUGCUCUGGAAUAUUCCUUAAGUGCGAAUCAACGAAAGUGGGCAAAAUUAGAGGCUACGUGUACCGAUGCCCUGAAGGAUACACCUAUUGGUCCAUAAGCAAACGUUGCGAAAAGAGAAGCCAUAUGAAGGGCUGCAAGCAAUCGGAUAAAAGUUGGCGUGAACGAUGGGAAAUCCCUGUAGAGAAAAAGAAUAUAGCCAAGUGAUAUUGGGAUGUAUAAUUUACUGACACAAACUAGUAAGCAUCAAUGUUUGCAAGUACUUGUAGUAUCGACUUUUAAGAACUCAUGUUGUACAUAUUAAUAAUAAGUUCUAAGUAAGUUAGAUAAUGUAGGAUUGUCAUAAUGGCAUGAGAUUAGAUCUUAAACAUACCACAAUAUUUUAGUAUAAUUAAUAAUUAUGGAAUGAUAAAUAAUUAAACAGACCAAUAUUACCUAUUAGAUGAUUUACUAGUCUAGUCUAUUAAAAAAUGUGUUGUUUAAGAUGAGUAACAAUGAUUAAGCUGCCAUAAUGUUAAGAUAAAAAAAUCUCAAACUUGUGAACAAAAUAUUGUACUAACUGAACAAUAUUUUGAGCACGACUGAAUUUUAGUAUUUAAAAUUAUACGAAUGCCUAAAUUAA